AUGGAGAGCUACUCGCUCUUAGACCAAACGGAAGAAGAUGGACUUCACAAAUCCCGGCUUCUAAACGUCGAAGAGAAGCCAUUCAAGCGCAUCACGAAGCGUCUCCUCGCUCCGAAUUCCCUGAUAGCGUCCCCCAGUACAUUCCUCGCCACGCCACCCCCCGAAGCUACCCCAGAAAAUGCCGAUGCGAUCCAGGAACACGAAGCCGAGAAGCAGAGGAUGCUCGAGGAAUGGAGACACCUUCGCGAAGACAUCACUCUAGACUUUGCCGCUUUUGAAAGUAGUUUUGUUCGCAUUCAACUUCUUCUCGCAAGCAACGAGAAAGAACGCGAACGAUAUGCCGCCGAAAAGCUGGAGAUUCUAGCGACUGCCCAAGAGGUUAGAGAGAACACUACCGAGCUGAGAUCGCAGCUGGAAGAGGCACAGAACACCCUUUCCCUACGAAAAACGUACGACGAGCUAGCGGACAAGAUUACCUCUAACCGACUACUUCGGCCGCGCGACGACCAGCAGGCGAAUUUGGAGAAAUUGCACGCCGAGAUAGCAAAGUUGGAGAAGGAGAGCUCAGAAUAUGCGCAAACAUGGGCGGAGAGGAGAGAACAGUUUGGAAGAAUCGUCGACGAAGGAAUGCAUCUCAGACGACUGAUCAGGGAUGAAAAGGAGGAAGUUGAGAGACGAGAAGGAAUGGAAGAAGAUGACGAUGGCGAUGAAGGGGAUGCCAGCUCUAAAGGGAAGAGAAGUACCGUUAGCACACCCCGGCCGGACCCUGAUAGCAGCAUGACUCCCUCGCAACAGCCUAGUGGAGAAGAAACAAAUCCAGCGAUCGCAAAGCUACUGGCUGAGAAAUCCCGUCCUACGACUCGCGGCGGCACUCCACUAAGACAAACUGCCAUGGCUUCCGCCACGCCGGAGGAGAAACAGACAUCUCAAGAGGAUGGGGAUGAGAGCAUGGUUGAUGAAGGGGAGGUUUCCGGGGAUGAAGGGGUGUCUCGAGACCGAGCAGGGUUACCGGCCAUGGGUGAUGACUUUGAAGAAGGGGAGGAGAUACCUGAUAACCGCCGGACGGAGAAGAUGGAUACGACCUAG